UGAAGAUGACCCCAUGAUUUCAAAGCACAAUGGAAAUCCAAGGGCUGCUUUUGGACACGAUGCUCACGGACUUCGCUGACGUUGACUUUCUGGAGAUACCCCAGAAGCAGACCACGUCCGUGUCCGCGGAGAGCGUGGGCUGCCGGGGCCUGUAUUACGGUAUGUCCCCCGGGCGCGGAGACGUGAUCCUCUCCUCGGAAAGGGCGUCUCUGCGAGUGGGAAAGGCGCCCGUGUGCGGCGCGGUGCCAUCGGCGGGCAGGUCAAAGCGAAAACGGGUGAUCAGCACGGUGCAGCGGCAGGCGGCCAACAUCAGAGAGCGCAGAAGAAUGUUCAGCCUGAACGAAGCUUUUGAUGAGCUACGAAAGAAAGUCCCCACCUUCGCUUAUGAGAAAAGAUUAUCGAGGAUCGAAACUCUGCGACUUGCCAUUGUAUACAUUUCAUUCAUGACAGAUCUAUUGAGCAUGAAAUAA